UCUCUCAGGAGUAUAUAAGACAGUAACAUCACUCACAGAGCAUCAGUUCCACUCGUCUUCUUCACCAAGAAUGGUUCUCAAGGUUGUGUUGCUGGCGGCUGUUGUGGUGGUGGCUUUGGCCAGCCCAGAGCCUCCUCCCUCCUACCAUUACCCAUCACCCAGCCCUCAGUACCAUCACCCAACCCCAACAUACCACCCGCCCACACAUAGUCCCACAUACCACCCUUACACCACACCCUCAACUUAUCGUCCAUACACCACACAUCCAACUUAUCGACCAUACACCACACCCUCAACUUAUCGUCCAUACACCACACCUCCAACUUAUCGUCCAUACACCACACAUCCAACUUAUCGACCAUACACCACACCCUCAACUUAUCGUCCAUACACAACACCUCCAACUUAUCGUCCAUACACCACACAUCCAACUUAUCAUCCAUACACCACACAUCCAACUUAUCAUCCAUACACCACACCUCCAACCAAUCCACACUACCCUUCACAUCCAACAUACCGUCCACCAACACACGGCCCCAAGUACGGCGUCCAUACCACUGAGGCUCCUGCUCAAUACUCCUUCAGUUGGAAAGUGAAGGACGACGCUUCAGGAAACGACUUCGGCCAAGACGAAACCCGUGAUGGUCCCAACACCCAGGGCUCCUACUAUGUAAGGCUUCCCGACGGUCGUCUGGAGAAGGUGGCCUACAAUGUCAAUGGUGACUCCGGCUACGUGGCCCAGGUGACCUACGAGGGUCAGGCCCAGCACACCACACCCAAGCCCUACUAUGGCUAAAGCAACUAUAAAAGGAUGUUGAUCCCUCUUACAUAUAAUAUUCAAAGUAAAAUUAUUAUAGGAUUUAUAUAUGUGGUAAUGUAGAAAUUUAAUACAAUUAUAUAUACUUUUACAUGAAACUUUUCAAAUAUUAUAAAAUAAGUUUUCUUAGUUUCUGUCAACUAAAUAAAU